AUGUUUGUGAAUAUUUCAGGAUGGUUACUUGCCUUAUUAAUAUUAUAUGUGUCCAUACCUUUAGUGGUUUAUUAUAUUAUUCCUUACUUAUUUUAUGGUACCAAGUCCACCAAGAAGAGAAUAAUCAUAUUUGUGCUCGGUGAUAUAGGUCAUUCUCCAAGAAUAUGUUACCAUGCCAUAAGUUUCAGCAGGUUAGGUUGGCAAGUUGAGCUAUGCGGUUACGUCGAGGACAAUUUACCAAAGAAUAUUUCCAGUGAUCCAAAUAUUACCGUUCACCAUAUAUCGAACUUGAAUAGAAAGGGAGGUGAAACUUCAAUUACAUUUAUUUUCAAAAAGGUGUUUUUCCAAGUUCUGAGUAUUUUUAAGUUACUUUGGGAACUUAGAGGAAGUGAUUAUAUUUUGGUUCAGAAUCCUCCAAGUAUACCUAUUCUUCCAAUCGCAGCGCUAUACAAGCUGACAGGUUGUAAACUGAUUAUUGAUUGGCACAAUUUAGCAUAUUCAAUAUUGCAACUCAAGUUCAAAGGGAAUUUUUACCACCCUUUAGUGUUGGUAUCCUAUAUGGUAGAGAUGAUAUUUAGCAAAUUUGCCAAUUACAACUUGACUGUUACUGAAGCAAUGAGAAAGUAUCUAAUCCAAACCUUCCAUUUAAAUGCAACGAGAUGUGCAGUCCUAUACGACCGCCCGGCUUCCCAAUUUCAACCCUUGGCAAGUGACGUUUCCCGUCAAAAAGCCUUAACUACCCAAGCCUUUAUGAAAUCCUAUAUUCAUGAUGAUUUUGAUAUAGAGAGAGGUGAUAAAAUUAUUGUAACUUCAACAUCAUUUACACCUGAUGAAGACAUCGGUAUUCUUUUGGGUGCUUUGAAAAUUUAUGAAAAUUCAUACAUCAAAUUUGAUUCAAGUCUGCCUAGGAUACUCUGUUUUAUAACAGGCAAAGGACCGCUAAAAGAGAAAUAUAUGAAGCAGGUACAAGAAUAUGACUGGAAGCGUUGUCAAAUCGAAUUUGUAUGGCUAUCAGCAGAAGACUAUCCAAAGUUGUUACAAUUAUGUGAUUACGGGGUAUCUUUGCAUACUUCAAGUUCAGGAUUGGAUCUACCAAUGAAAAUUUUAGAUAUGUUUGGUUCAGGUCUUCCUGUCAUUGCAAUGAACUAUCCAGUACUUGAUGAAUUAGUGCAACAUAAUGUGAAUGGGUUAAAGUUUGUUGAUAGAAGAGAGCUUCAUGAAUCUUUGAUUUUUGCUAUGAAGGAUGCUGAUUUAUACCAAAAAUUAAAGUCAAAUGUCACGCAGGAGACCAAGAACAGAUGGCAAUCUAAUUGGGAAAGCACAAUGAGAGACUUGAAGCUGAUCCAUUGA